AAAAAUUGUUAUUCAUGGUAACGGUACCUGCCUAAUUAGUAGUUCUUGGAUACAUUGCCAGUAGUAUUUUACUUUACUUUGCAAAAAGUGCUUCGUAUCACAUUUUGUAGGCUCCAAUUUAAUUGGGUACCUAAGUAUCUCUACCUCAAGUACAUACAUAAAUGUUUUACCCAUGAGUGAAAAAAUUGCACAUUUUCGUUAACAGUUCGAGCGUUUUUAAUUCGGUGAGUGUUUUUUCCCCUUGUAAUAGGUAAAUUGAUCUUACGUAAAUAGACAACCUGAUAAGCAAACAGCAAAAUAGAUAAAUUGCUCUCACCUAAUGGUAAACUUCUGAAAUUCAGCUGAAAUGAAUUCUCACAUAACAUUGGUACCCAUCUGGUGGAUAUACACGUUGUUCUUGCUAUCUCAAAACAUCCAGUCAUCCAUUCAGCUAACUUCAUCUAACGUUACAAAACUUGAUGAAACAAAUUCAUCAUCUUCCGACUGCAAUACCUACACAUCCUGUACAACUUGUGUAACAUCCUCCUCACCCUGUGACUGGUGCAUCGAUGGACACAGGUGCACUCACGAUACAUCCGAGAACUGCCGAAACGAUAUCUUGGUAACAGGUGUAAACCACGGAGGACCUAGUUAUCGCAGUGGACCCUCUUUCUGCCCCGCCAUAACUGAAACCCUGGACGGAUCAUCAGAUAUUCUCGUCCAUGCUGGUACCAGGAAAAGUAUUCGAGUCAAGGUCCGCACCAUUGCCCAAUUCAUUGUACAGACCCGAUUCCUGUGUAAGUACAACGUUGAAGGACGUCUCAGAACCUUAAAUGCUCAGUUACUUGCCGAGACGAUGUAUUGCGAUUCGACGGAAUUCUCCUACAAUCAUUCCGCACCUAAUGUGACAGCUACUCUCGCUGUUAUUUGGGGUGGUUCGAAACCUCUAGAUAAUCCAUCAAACAUACACGUAGUCAUUUAUAAGUGUAACGAAAUGGCUAAAAGUGAAAACGCGUGUUCCUCUUUGGAGAAAAAAUACGAAUGUGGAUGGUGUCAGAGUUCAAAUCAGUGCCAGAUUAGUAACCAAUGCAACAAUACUGUUCCCAACAAACCAGUAGAUUUUUCCAAUACUCGAAUUGCGGACGUGAAUCCGAAACAGUUGUCAAGAAGUGAAAGAAAACUUGUGAGUUUAACGAUGGAGAAUUUCCCCGAAUCUGACACCCAGUUCGUGUGUGUUUUUGGCAUUCAAGGAAAAGAUAUACUUACGAACGCCACUCGAUUAAAUUCUACUAUAAGUUGUGCUACGCCGAGCACUGAUUCGUUGCCAUUUUUAGCCAAAGGCGAGUAUAAUUACACGGCUGAAUUAUCAGUCACUGCCACCAACAGUUCGAUAUCAAAAUUUGGACUAGCAAAUGUGACAUUUUUCGACUGCAAUGCUUAUUCCUCGUGUACAACGUGUGUAACAUCUCCGUCUCCCUGUGAUUGGUGCGUCGAUGGGAACAGGUGCACUUAUGAUACAUCCGAAAAUUGCCGAUACGAUAUCUUGGUAACAGGUGUAAACCAUGGAGGACCUAGUUAUCGCAGUGGACCCGCUUUCUGCCCCACCAUUAUUGAAACGUUGGGUGGAUCAUCAGAGAUUCUUAUUCAUGCUGAUACCAAGAAAAGUAUUCGAUUCAAGGUCCGCAUGAUUGGCCAAUUCAUUGUGCAGACCAGAUUCCUGUGUCAGUAUAAUAUCGAAGGAAAAGUUACUAGCUUGAACGCUGAUCUAAUUGGUGACACUAUCUACUGCGAACAGAUGAAAUUCUCUUAUACUCAUUCCGCACCCAAUGUGACUGUUCCUCUUGCUGUUAUUUGGGGUGGUUCGAAAUCUCUUGAUAAUCCGUUAGACAUACAUGUAGUCAUUUAUAAAUGUAAUGAAAUGGCCAAAAGCAAUGAAACGUGUUCGACUUUGACGGAAAAAUAUGGAUGUGGAUGGUGCCAGAGCACAAAUCGUUGCGAGCAUAGUAAUGAAUGUGCUCAAUAGUGUUGGCGUAUGGUGUAUUGUCAAGUGAACUUAUACCUACUUUUUUUUUUUUUUUUUUUUUUUUUGAAAGCGAAAAUAUCAAUUGUUACAAUCAAAGAGUACAUAUUUUGUAGAAGAGACGUGAUAAUAUGUAGCAGAGCUGCUCAAGUCUUAAGUGCAGAAUUCCUAAAGUGAGAGAGAAGAAUAAUCUAGGUUUAGUAUACCUACAUAUUUUUCAAAAAAUAAACUCCAUGUAACAUGCUGGCCUGUUCUCAUUAAUUUUUAAAAGCUAAAAUCCAUCAAAUAAACUCCAAGUUCAAAAAAUAUUUAUUUUACACAUAAAUUUAAAAAACUCAAGUAUUAAGAAAAAAAUUGUAACGAUAAUAAUAUGAACCUACAACACAAUAAACCUACUUAUAAAUUUUC